UGUACAAAGGAUCAUGGGAGAAGUAGACGCCAUCCCAAAAUUCUAGUUUGAAGGGGAAAUUAGUGAACAUUAUGGCGGAAAGCUCCGUGAGGUACAAGAUAAAUAUAAAGUAAUUUCUCACUUAAUGUGAUAAGAAGUUUUGGAAUAUACAAAAUAGUUAUUUUGUGAUUGUAUAUUAACGUUGAAUUAUAGUGUCUGUUCUGUGUUUGUUAUUCGGCUCACGAAGAACAGCCUUGAAUAUCCCUGAGGCUAAGGACAUUAUAUAAUGAGUGCCAUGAGUGCUUCGCCAGUGAAACCCCCCGUUUUACCUCCUACUGGAGUGACUGUGCCUCCUCCGGUUGCCACUUCACCUCCUAAAGUGGGACUCAUGCCAAUUCCUGCUACACUGACCAUAGCACCAUCAAAACCUACUAAUAUGAACCAUGCAGCAAUGCCUCUUAGUUUGAUAGCAGAUCAUAAAAUUCCUCCUCAAUUUCCAAUUCAAACUCAACCAGGAGUUCCAUCGACUACUGUGCAGCCAAUAUCCCAGCCCUUACCUCGAACACCAGAGAAACCAAAAGAAUUAUCCCCUCCAGUCACAGUGCUGCCAAAACCAACAUCAAAUGGCAUGGAGAGCUUGACACCCCCCAACCUGAUUCCAACUCCAGCUGUCCCAGAGGCACAAAUAUCUGCUGUACCCCAGAAAAUAGAACAGACAGCCACAACAGAAGCAUCUGAUAAAGCAGAAUCACAAACACCUUCUGAAACUGUAACAGAACCACCUACCAUAGCAGCAGCCCCCCAAAGUGAACCAGAAAUUGAGAAAAAAGAAGAAACAGCUGCUACAAAGUUGUCUGAGCCUGUCAACAAUGGAGAUACACAGCUACCACCACUUCCAGUAGCAACAACUACUCAGGAGACUGUGUCGCCUGCUCCGACCCCAACCACUGCCAGUGCCCCUACCCCUGCCCCUGAACAGCCCCCCACAGUUACCCCAUCAGUGUCGAGAACAGAGGCUCCAGUACCUCACUCCAAGCCAGAGAUUAAAGUGGCUACAAUUCCAAGACAGGCUACUAAGAGAAAGCGUGAACUUAAAGUACCACCUGUAACUCCAGAAAUUAAAAAAGAAGGCAAAGAUGAUGACCGCAAGUCAAAGAGAGUACGUCUUCCGACUCAACCUUAUCAGAGUCCUCUUCCAGAACUAAACAUGAUUGCCAAAAUCAGUAAAUCUACCAAGUCUACACCAACCAAGGCAGCUGAUGAUAAACUUAUUGUAUUUUACAAAAAUGAGUUUUUGGCAGUGCGUAAUGCAGAGGGAGGAUUUUAUGUAUGUCAAGCAAUGCAAAAUAUAUACAAAAGUAGUCCACGCAUUCGUAUUCGAUGGCUUUCACAAGAGGAGGGAAAGGAUACAUAUUCUCCAGAUUUUUAUGAUCACACAGACUUUGACUGCAUAUUAACGAACUUGAAUUUGGAUAAAGUAGAAAAAGAAAAAUUUAGAUUGCCACAGGUGGAACAACAACGCACCGAAAGUAUACUUAAACGAGCAUUGGAUGUGGAGAAAGGUGUUUCUGAAAAACCACCUGUUACAGAGGAACAUCCUGAUGGUUUGGAUCUUUCUCUUUUCCGUGAUGAAUCCCAGCUGAAGAAAUCAUCAAAAAGUCGUUCUAGAAAUUCAUCAAAGAAAUCAAAUUCGGCCAAAUCUGAUGGUGCAGAAUCUGCUCCAGAUGAUGAUGACGAUGAUGAGGAUGAUGAUGAGGAGGAGGACGAUGAAGAAGAAGCGGAAGAUGAAGAAGAAGAAAAGAAAGCUAAGAAAGAAACCGCUCCAAAAACGAGUAAAAGAAAGAAAAAAACAGCCAAAAAGAAACCACCAUCUCCUGAGAAAAAAGCCACAGCCAAGACUACUAGCAGUGGAAAUAAAAGUACAGUCCAAACUUCUAAAAAGAAAACUGAAGCAAGAGGAAAUAGCAAAAGAAAAUCUUCUGUCUCAUCAAAUUUACAACCAGCAGAAAAACGAGCGAGGAAAUCUGAUACAAGCUCACAAUCUUCCGAAAGAACAAACAAAACGAGAAGUGCAGAGGCAGUGGUGGGGACUAAAUCCCGCAGAGACCGUCGAGCACAGAGUCGCAAGUAGGUUGCUACUGCCAGAACUUCUCAUGGACACAACCACAUUAACACGGUUUCUUCAGCAUUAAUUAGUUCAAUUAUUGACAUCAAUAUAUUGUAGCGCUAAACAAUUCUCAUACUAUUUUCAAGAACUUUCUUAUAUUCUAAGUAGUAUUACUUUACAUAAAAUUUAAAUUUGUUAUAAUCUUAAUUAGUAAUAAUACUUGGAAUACUUUAUAGCAUGAGAGCUGUUUAACAUCAAUGUAUUACUUAACUUGUUGGAACUUUAAAAAAAUUCAGAACUUCACCUUAAAUUAAUUAUGUAUAUAAUUGUAUACAGAUUUCUUUUUGUAAGAACUUAGUGUGAAGCACUCAUUUCCACUGAUAAAUGCUUCUGUCUAGUGUUUAGAUUUAAUUGCAUUUUGUAGGGGAGUGAAGUGUUUGUGUAUCCCGUAUUCAUUGUGUCCCUUGACAGAGUAACUGAACUGAUUCUGUGUUUUAACUCUUUCUGUAUUUUUAAACCGAGCAUGACCUUUACGGACUAAAAUGAACAAAACAGCCGUGUUGGUACCGUUGUGCAUCAAAAUAAGUUGAGUUUAUUAUCUUUGUGUUGUGUGAGAUAAGUUGUUCGUAAUGGAUAAAAUAAAAUAGUUAUGGUAUAUUAUUGCAUAUUAUUAGUUGUAGUGAUUUUUAAGAAAAAUAUUUUUUAUUAUUUAUAGUAAAGUUAAAAAUUGUUCUAUUAUCUGUCUUUACUAUUGAAUCUUAUUUAGUUCUUCAUGAACUAAGCUUUACAGGUUUCUGUACUGUAUGUAUUUUUAUUCUUAUUGAUUGAAAUAUUUUAUAUAUUAUAUAUAUGAUUUAUUUUUACUAUGUUGAUGAUAUUGUUACAGAUUUUUCUAAAUUGGCAUAUUGUAUAAACUGUUUUUUAUGCAUCACUUGUGGAAAAUCUAUAUUAACUUGUCUUGUAGCUUAAACCAAAUCACUGAAAUUUAUUUAAAUUAUGUUGUUAGAAUCUAUAUGUUGUCCUUUAUGUUGAUUAUAAUAGAUAAAUAAAAGAAUUAUGCAAUUAAUUACGUGUUAGAAUUGUAAUUUCUCUUGUUCGUUUUGCUAUAAGCAAAAUAUUUCUACUAUGCAAAAUUUUGAUGAACUGUAAUGUUAAAUUGAUUUUAAAUAGGAUUUUGGCGGGUACCUUUGGAUAUAAUAUCUUCAUUUGCCUUAAAUUAGCAUAAUAAAGACAGACAAGAACAAAUUUUUACUCUAUAAUUAUUGGAAUUGCCAUUAAAAGUAUUGAAAAAUUGGUGGAGACGGGGGUCUUCAUCUAGUCUGUACAGUACAAAGGGUGCAAUUUUAAAUUAAUUGUUGGUAUGAAAAAUAAAUUUAUUCCCCCAUGAAA